AUUAUAAGUUCAGUUACCUGAUUGUACACCAGAGACACGCUGCUGGAUUGAGUUGGCAUAAAAGCUGUGGUAAUGAACAUAGGAGCUGCUCUAGCAGUGUCUUGUAUCCCUCCUCUUCUGGGGUUCUGGUGUCUGCAGCAUCAGCCUGGUUCGGACAAACAACCAUGGCCAGCCAUGACUCAGGAUCUCAGCACCAGUUCACUGGAUUUCAGAAGUACUUCAAUUCCUAUACCAUCACAGGCAGGAGGAAUUAUGUAAUAGCAACAUACACAGGUAUUGCACUGCUUGUCUUGUACUUCAAGCUUAGACCUAAAAAGACAACUCCUGCUGUGGCAGAUAAGUAAAUGGUUCCCGACAAGUCUGAAGCUUCCAUCUGCGUCAAUGUAAUGCAUGCUGAUAACCUGGUUGUGGCUAAUAAAAUAUGAAUAAUUACUUGUUUUACUGGAAAUAUGAAAUUGUGACAAAAUCAUAAAUGUG